AUGCACAUCACUCCAGCAAUUGCAGGCAUUCUGAUUGGAAUCAUACCUGAUCUCAGCUUCGCCACAGGCAACACCGGUAGCUGUUGUGAUUCACUGCUAAAAUGUGGUCUUGCUGAUCGGGUUGUGUACCCGGAGAGUGUUGCUUAUAAAGAUUCCGUGGAUUCAUACUGGGCUGAGAAUGUCCAACUCAAACCUUCAUGUAUCCUGCAGCCGCGCUCUGCUCAGGAUGUUUCCCUUGCAAUUUCUACUCUCACCAACACAGAAGAGGGCUCUUGCAAGUUUGCUGUCCGCAGCGGUGGCCAUACUACAUGGGCGGGAGCGAACGACAUCAAGGACGGAGUUACCAUUGACCUUCAAAUGAUGAACAGCACCACCUACCACAAGAAGAAUGGCACUGCCUCCAUCCUACCUGGAGCUCGUUGGCAGUCCGUCUACAAGGCCCUUGCGCCCUAUGAUGUGACAGUUCCGGGUGGCCGUGGAGGUCCUGUUGGAGUGGGUGGCUUUUUGAUCGGAGGUGGAAACACGUUCCACACCGCGCGAGUCGGAUUUGGUUGCGAUAACGUCGAAAACUUCGAGGUGGUUUUAGCCAAUGGAGAUAUUGUCGAUGCAAACAAGCGAAGCCAUGCAGAUCUCUACAAGGCUCUGAAGGGAGGAUCAAUCAACUAUGGAAUUGUCACAAAGUACGAUAUAAAAACAAUCCCGGGUGACAAGCUUUGGGGCGGGCUUGUCGUAUACGCCAACAGCACUACCCCUCAACAACUUACGGCUGCCCAUCACUUCAUCAAUAAUAUUCACAAAGACCACUAUGCAUCAUGGAUUGGUAUGUGGGAGUACAGCUCUGUGGCUGAUGCGAAUGUCAUUGCACAUGCGUUGGAAUACACGAAGCCAGUUGCAUACCCCGAGGCAUUGCAGAACUUUACGAAUAUCCCCAACACCACGGAUACCAUGCGCUUUGCAAACAUGUAUAACUUAACCCAAGAGCUUGUUCAGGCCUCUGGCUACCGGGACGUUUUCACAACCGGCACGUUCCUCAAUGAUCCCAAGGUCCUGCAGCACACUGUUCAUAUUCACAACGAAGUAAUUGAGAGGGCCAAAGCAAAAGCUAAAAGCAAGGACUGGACCAUUGACACCAUAAUUCAGCCCUGGCCUGCCCUAUUUGCCGAGCACAGCCAGAAGCGCGGUGGGAAUGUACUCGGCCUCGAACGAUUCGACGAAAAUCUCUUCCAGGUUCUUUUUGACUACUCCUGGAAGGACGAAGCCGAUGAUGACCUGUUCAACGGACUGGCCCGAUCCGCACUUGGGAAACUCAAUUCCUACUCCAAAUCGGUUGGAGCUGACAAUGAGUACAUUUACCUCAACUAUGCCGAUGGCAGUCAGAGCCCUCUGGCUGGCUACGGUCACAAGAAUGUGGAGUAUAUUCGCCGCGUCGCGAAAAAGUACGACUCGGAGGGUGUAUUCCAAACCCAGGUACCGGGUGGAUUUAAGAUUAGUGAGGUGGAACUCUAA